AUGGCCCUCUCGACUGCCAACUUCACCACCACCGCAACCCAUGUCAUCCAAAGUGGCCACCCGAUCUCCCUCCGAUCCAUCUACCAGUCCUCGCCCUCCGUCAACUUGCUCCCGGUCGAGCGACUACGCAAAGCCAUCAGCCGUCUCCUGGACUACUACCCCCACCUAACCGGCCGACUGCGCAUCGAUCCCGCGACCGGCGUCCGGUCCAUGACCCGACUCGGCACCGGGAUCCAUCUCUUCGAAGCCCACUGCGACGCACCUCUUCGCUCUUUCGCCCGCAGCCCCUCGGCACCAGACACAGAACUCAGCGUAUUCGACUUCCCCAACGUAGAAAACCCGCUGUUCGCGCCAUGGGACCUGACCCUCGAAGGCGCGCAGCGCGAUUCCGUCCUCACCAUCCAACGAACAGAGUUCGCAUGCUCCUCCGUAGCCCUGGGGGUGAGGAUCUCGCACGUCCUCUGCGGAGCCGGCAGCUUUCUGGGGCUAUAUCAGGACCUAGCGGCGAUCUAUCGCGCCAUGGCCGACCCAGCCACAGCAGCCGGAAAGAAUUGA